CCACUUCCCAUGAGGCCACUACUAGAACGCAGCACGGCCGCUCUGUAUGGAGCCUCCCACAUAUGAAUGGACAUGGAAGAUGAAGAUGGGACUUGUCUGCUUGAUGUCUUGUGUGACCCUCAAGCCCUGAACGACUUCCUUCAUGGGACCAAUGAGCUGCAGACUGAAGACCUGCUCAUCAGCGCCUCCUCUGGGGAGCCGUCCCUCUUCACCGAGGCCCCGAGCCCCGUCUCUCUGCUGGGGGACGGCGGGGACUCCCCGGACACGCCUCCACCCGGCUGUGUGGACUUGUCCUUCCUGGAGGAGGCGCUGCUCUCAUCUCCAGAGGGUGGAGCCGACCUGCUGCUGGAGGCCAAGAAAGGAGUGGAGGAGGUGGAGGUGGAGGUGGCCUGUGACAUUCUCCAGCAGAGCCUGCAGGAGGCCGAGAUCACCGAGCAGACCAUGGCUCUGGAGGCAGAUCUGGCUCAGACCGGGGACGGGCUGUCCCUGUACUCACCGGCCCCCCUGCUGCCUUUCAUACCCAAGGCCGUGACGCUGCCCGUCGCCUCGGCGUUGCCCAGAGACACGCAGGCAGCGGUGGAGCCCCCCCAGCCCUCCCUCUUGGCCGUGGGGCCGGGAUGUCCGUCCCUGAAACCCGCCGCCCCUCCUCCGCUGAUGGGCCUGCUUCCCGGAAACGUGUUCCCUGCUCCUCCUCCAGAGACCUCCUUCUCUCUGAGUCCAGCCCAAGGCUCCAGCAUGAUCAUCCACAAGGCCGUGGCCGGCGCCGCCAGCCGUCCGCUCGUCACCCCAGCACUGAGAGCGACGACCACGGCGGCGGCGCCGGGCGCCGUCCCGCAGCGGGCCCCUCUCCCCAUCCAGCCCAAACUGCCCGUCAGCAUUCAGCCCCGGUUGGUUCAGAUCAGCCCCAAACCCUCUGGGCAGAAGCCCGCUCCCGGAAUCACUUUUGUCCCUGGGACGGCUCCGUCCAAUAUUUUACUGUCCCAGUCCGCAUCCCGAAAGAGCGCCAUCCCGCCGGCGCAGAACGCCCAGCAGCUCCCCAAGCCGCUCAGCCUGCAGCUGGUCAACCAGGGCGCCUCCUUCCUGCUACAGCCUCAGGGACUCUUCCAGGCCCAGAACCAGCUCCUCGUCCCGGGCCAGUCCCCCGUCACCAUAUCACAGGCAGCUGGUGCAGCUCGGCCGCUGCUGACCCCGGGUCUCCCGGGCCCGUCGGUUCACGGUGUGACCCCCUCCGCUGGCCAGCUAGUGGACGGCUCUCAGAUCCUGACCGUGCCCCAGAGGCAGCUGAACUUCGGCCCCGUCUUCGCCACGCCCACGGGGCAGCUGGCGCUGCGCCAGGCCACGGUGCUAUCAGGACCUUUGCAGCUGCAGUCGGCGCCCGCCGCCGUCUUCCAAAUGCCGGCACAGCUGGCCGGAGCCUACACCCCGGGGGGCCCGGGUCAACGGGCCACCCUGGUCCACAGUCCUGCUCUUGGAAACCACAUCACGUUGAUCAACAGUUCAGGGGUGCUUCCGUCAGACCUGACUUCCAUCUCCAUCGUUAACGGGCCGCCGGUGGUUCAGGGGCUGCCGUUCGCCGCGCAGACGGCGGCUUCUCAGCCGGACCGGCAGCCGAGUCUGCAGCAGGCGUCUGUCGUGCUGCUGCCGGACAGGAGCGUUCAGGAGGAGAGCCGCUCAGGUCCCACCUUCCACCAGCUGCAACAGUCCUAUGGACACGUUGUCCAGCAGGUGGCACUGCAGCCCACCUCCUCUCCCUCUGCAGCGCCAGUCCUCCAGUCCCCUCCGGAACCGACCCCGGCCCCCAGUCCAGCUGUGAAGACACCCCCAGGAGACGUGAGCCCGGCUGUGGAGGAGGAGACGGACUCCGUCAGCCCAAACCAGGCCUCCAUGCAGCGUCUGCAACAGGAAGCGCUGGAUCCUCCCGUCUCACCGGAGUUGGUUGGAGCUCUGCCAGCCGUCCCCGUGGGGUUGCUCGGCUCGCCGGCCGCCGCCGACGCAGAGACCCGGCCAGCAUCCGACGCCGUCUGCAGUCAGGACACCCGUCCCACAGUGUUGGACCAGUGUGUGGAGGUCUCCCCGCUGCGGUCCGAUCCCGAGGACACGGCGUCGACCUGCUCCCCUGACCGGACUCCGGACCCCGGCAGGCUGGCCGGGCCUCCCUCCACUCUUCCCUUUUCUGACAGUUCAGUCUCGCAGACCACGACCCCCCAAGUAUGCGUUGAGCCCCCGGUCCGGUACCCCGGCCCUCAUCAGCUCCGGGUCUCACAGGCUUUAUGUACCCAGCCUCCAGUCCAGGUCCAGACCUCGGUUUCUCAACCUCAGGUCACGUCGUCCAUGUCCCAGCCGCGGUCGGGGGGCCGGCCGUCAGCCUCGCCCCCCCAGCGGCAGUCUGCUGCCCCGCCCGGAGAAGACCAGCCCGGCGUCCCACUGCACACACACAACAAGCCAGCAGCUGCCUCGGUUGUGGGGAGUGAAUCAUUUCCUCUCGAUGUCCACCCCCCCUCUCCGGCGGCCCCGGGGGCCCCGGGUCAGAGGCCCCUGGCUCCCAUGGAGGGUCCCCCGCUUCAGCCGGGCCAGCAGAGCAACGAGCCGGCAGGUCCCCCGGAGCAGAGGACAGACGAGACGCCGGCGCCGGCAGGACGCAGACACAGGUUCCAGCAGCAGCUCUGCUCGGACCGUGCGGCGGCGCACAGCCCGCCGGUCGGCCCCGCCUUCUCCACGCUGAAGGACGCCGUUCGGCGCCUGCUGCCGUACCACGCCUGCGCCGGUCGCCUGCCCACCAAGGAGGACUUCGGUCUAGUGGACCAGGAGUUUGACACCGUCUCCGGUUUCCUGCUGAAACGCACCAAGGACAUGAUCAACAAAUACAGGCAGCUGUUGGUUCGAGAAGCUCAGCAGGACAGUCCGUCAGCGGAGAUGGUGAUGCUGGAGCGCCUCUUCCUCCAGGCCGAGCGCCACGCCUUAGUGGAGGACAGACGGCGAGCUCGCAGAGACCCAGAGACCUUCCUGACGGCCUUGGCCCCGCCCCCCCACGCCGCCCAGUCCUCCUGCAGCCCCGCCUCCCCGCCGGCCUGGACCCGGCUGUCCGACCGGCCUCCGGGACUGAAGACGUACCGGUCCAGCUCCCGCGGCGCGCUCAGACUCACCAUCAAGCAGGAGUCCGGCUCCCGGAAGGUGGUCCACAACUCGGCCUGGGACCCCGGACUGAAGAGGGACCACACGGGCCAGCUGGCCAACGGGGGCGGAGCCGCGAUGGAGCACGGCCCCGAGCCUCCCGGCGGAUCCCCUCGGCAGCCUCGGCAACGCCAGAUGUCCAACGGCCACUCCUGCGAGGACGCCCCACAGGAAGCGCCCGUCUCCAGAUCCAACACCCCAGGUCCUCCUUCUGCGCCGGAGCCGGACCUCCAGCCGCCCCCCAGAGACGUCAGCGCCCCAAAACUGAGAUGUUGCAGGUUGGACGCUUCUCCUGGGCCUCCGCCCGUCCCAGAGGACCACGUGCUGAGCGAACACCUGCAGAGCGCCAUCGACAGCAUCCUGGAGCUGCAGCGCCUGCAGGGCCCCUCUGCGGCCCCGGGCAGGGCCCCGAGCAGGGCCCCGGCCGGACCCCCGCCAGACCAGCCUCUCACCAGCAUCCUGGAGGGACACCUGUGA